CUCACUACCUGCAUUCUUCUAGCAAGCCAAGGUCUUUCCAUGGCUGCACCUUUGCCCAGAGUGCCCUCACCCAUUCCUGGCUACUUCUUUAAAACCUGGGCAUCACUUCCCUUGGGAGGCCUUCUAGAACCUCAUCUGGGUUGGACAAUCCUUCUCUGUGUCCCCUAUCCUCACACAUCACACUGUCCCAGAGUAUGGUUGUCUGCUUCUCCAACUGCACUGGGAGGCACUUGAGGCUGGGCUGGUACUGCAACUUGCAUGCUGGCUCACAGAGCAGAUGUCUGCUACAAAGUCCUGAGAGAUCUGGGAUCGACUUUUGUGCUAGGAGCUAUAAUUAAGUCAUCAGCUCCAGGAGGAGGCCUGAGAGAAGUGGUUUCUAAUACACCCAGGACACACUUUGGCAGAGUGGCAAACUUGAAGCUUGGAGAGAGAUGGAAACAGCUUCUGUGAUGGACUUGGGCUUUCAGCUGAGCUAGAAAUAGGACUGAGUGAUAGAGGGUCAGGUAUUAAAUGGCUACAUAUAGCAAGGCAAGAUGUGACUAAUGAAAAGACUUCAGAAGAAGUAAAAUAUUCCCACGAAGUACACAAUUAAACUAACAAGGCCGGCGCUUUUAAGGUGUAGCCAUUCAAUAGACGGGGAGCCUGGUUCUGAGGGCAGCUGUUUCUCUCCCUCACCAAUUUUGAAAGCAAUGGUUUAAGAGUAGGCAGGGGCAGGAAUGCUUUAGAAAAGGAGAAGUUUCUCCAACAGGGGACAUUUUCAAGAAAAUGAGACAUGACACUCACUUGGAGAAGGAGAGACUUCCUCUAGGCCCUUCCCAGCUGUCCCCCUCGGGCUGUUUGAAGGCUGCCAGUCCUCGGUGCCAGCCAAGGCCAUGCAGCCUGGACUGUGGUCUGUGAGAACUUCCAGGCUAAGCAGAAGCUCACUGGCUUUUCUCAUUAAGAAUACAAACUUUAUUUUCAAAAACAGCUUUCCAUGGAGCACCAACUUGACCUCUUUCACCACCAGCAAAAUGGAAAAAAGGAAAAACUCUAAGGUAUCCAACCCAGGUCACCCGUAUUUUUCCAGUUAAUUCCCAUUUUUAGAGAAGGGAGUGAAAACUGCUCUGGUCCCCAUGUUCUUCCUGGUUUUCUCUAUGGGCUUAGCUGUACUCAAAACAAGGGCUCACUUUUCCUUCUCUUAGAAAUUCAGAAUCGAGGGCAUGGAGGGGUUGUGGAUAUUCUGGAGGACAGAUCAUCUCUUGGCGUGGGGAAUACUUUUAAUUGGCUAUUUUAUUCAAAAUUGGGGGGACGGGGGUUACUGAAAUUUGGGCAGCUUAGGCGAGUUAAGAAAAUCUUCAAAUAAGAAAAGCUUGCCUCCAACUUAUGCCUUAUGUUAGAAAUAAGCUUCCAGAAAAGAAAUGUCAGAGCGUAGACUCUCAUGCUAAAAGCUAGAGCUUGUGAUCCAAACCCCUCCCACCGUUCCAACAAAGGACUGCUACAUGGGUUGCAAAUACGAAUGAUUGGCUCAUUCUCUGCCCACAUAUAAACAUCUACUCACGACACUUUCCUGUUUAGGCAGGGAAAGCAGCUACCAGAAGAACAAACAAAAAGCUGACUGGGAAUCCAUAAAGCUGCACUGCUCCAUGAUGGUUCCUCUACGCGCUGCUACACGGGAGCCCCUAGAUGGCAGGGUCACAUGUGAUGUCACAUAUGACUAUAUGGCACACAGCACUUCUUUGGCACAUGGUUUGAGCCCAAAGUCAUUUCAUGGUUAGCAGACCAUCGUGAAGAUCCUCUUGAAGUUCAGCAGACCCUGUCAGAUGCUGACAGUUGGGACCAGGUUCACGUUAGUGAAAUGAACUCCAUGGAGCUGAGACUGCAGAGCCCGGCUGGACUAGAUAUUUGCAAAAAGAGACCAGGGGCCGGCUGACAGUGCCAACUGCAAAGAGCACCUUUUGAGCUGAACGACAAGUUGCUAUAGGGCCAGUAAUAUCCUCACCCCUUAGUAGGCAGAGGAUAUGAUGUAAGAAAACAAACCCUGAUCCAUGUGAUCCACUACUGCUUUUUGAUUUAGAGACAAAAAACUGUUUGGUCACUCCAGCUACCUGGACAGAAAUGACUCUCUGAGAAGCUAAAAGCUCUGAUGAGAAAGGACUCUGGGGGGUCAUGGCAGGGAAGGAAAGCUAUCAGGAGUUGGCUUGGCUUGUGUGUGAAGGGCCCACGCAGAAUAGCAACAGUACAGGAACUGCCUCAGUGGCUCUGUAACACGGAAAGUGCAAGAAUGUGUUUCAAAGACAGGGUUACUGUCUCAGGACAAAGGGACCUUUGUAUAGAUUCUUAGUGAAAAGCUCAUUUUAAGAAUUUAAGGUUUGCUGAAAUCACAGGUUUUUUCCCAUUUAUUUCCAAAGGAGUGCCCUUCAAAUAUAGUACAUGAAAAAUCAUAGUAUCCCUAUUUUCAGGGAUAUACAGAGAAUAAUUUCGGAUGUGCAGCCACACUGCACAGGAAGAGGAAAAGGAGACUCUGGAUAUGGAUAUAUUCGGGGCUUCUUUUCUCUAUGAUUUAAUGUAUUUUCCAAGCUUUGCAUCACGGGCCAAGGGUUCUGUUCUGCCUGAAGACCAACGGAAAUGUGGGUGACCGACCUAGAACCAUGUCCAUUGCUCCUGAGGUUUCCUCCCUGCUGCGGCCUCUGAUACCUCCUUGCUAAAGUCAAGUAUGAGAAGCCCACUCUCUGCUGGAGAGAGUAUGUAAAAAGAAAGAUCACCAAGCAGAUCCCAGGGAUACAAACUACAAAGUCUUUUUUUGCUUCCUAAGAGAUUUACUCCGCCCUCCUCUUUCUAGAGCUUUUCUAAACUGUCAGCUUUCCAAUGUGAGAUGCUGUUGGAUUCAGGUUGGACGGGGGCUUUGUAAAACACUGAGUGGCGAUCAUGGAAAGGAGUAGGCAGCCUUGUUAAAAGCACAUCCGGCAGCCGGGCCCUCCUAUAAACAGCCUGGAUUACAUUAACAGGCCUCCCUGGGUGAGCAGAGUCUCAUUCCCAACUCUCUCUGCCUACCUUACGCUCACCCCAUGGUUAUAUAACCUUUAGAAUGGAAUUUGGAAAUUCUUCUGACCCUGCCCUGCUUGCUGAUAGAGUUGAGCCAGUGGCUGGCAGGGGCAUAAUCUAAUAGGCGAAACUGGAAACACACAAAUUCGCAGUCCUCUGGUCCCGGCCCAGACUGUGUCGGCAAGGAAAGACAGACUCGCCCUGUCUCCCUCCUCCCUUCUCUGGCCUAAGUUUACGCUGACUUCACCCAACAGGCACCUGACCCUCCCAGAUGAGCUGGGAGUGGCUAAAGCGCCAUGCACAUGGGGUGGAGGUGCAGGCAGCAAAUGGUAUUUAAGAUGCUGAGUUUGUAGAGCAUUUAGGUUUGGGAAGGAAAGCUAUAGGAUUCCCAAUUAAGCUGCACUUUCAGAAACUCAAGCUUUGACAAAGGCCAGUAAGAAAGAGCCAGGAAAGAGAAAACAGAGUGGUGGGCCCAUCAAGAGUGCAAGGUUAUAAUUGCUGCAGCUUUGCAAACCUCAGCCGGGCAGAUCCAGAUUCCCCUACAGGAAGAGCCUUCCUCGCCCAGGCCCACGAAAGAUGCUGGAAAAGACUCUCUCAGCUGUGACCUGGCUCUGCAUUUUCAUCUUGGCCUUUGUCAGCCACCCUGUGUGGCCACAGAAGCCCCCUAAGCGCAAGACACCUGGGCAGCUCAAAGUGGCUGCCUGCUGUGAGGAAGUGAAGGAGCUCAAGGCCCAAAUCGCCAACCUAAGCAGUCUGCUGAGUGAACUGAGCAAGAAGCAGGAGAGGGACUGGGUCAGCGUGGUCAUGCAGGUGAUGGAGCUGGAGAGCAACACCAAGCGUAUGGAGUCUCGGCUCACAGAGGCUGAGAGCAAGUACUCGGAAAUGAACAACCAGAUUGACAUCAUGCAACUGCAGGCAGCACAGACUGUCACGCAGACCUCGGCAGAUGCCAUCUAUGACUGCUCAUCCCUUUACCAGAAGAACUACCGCAUCUCUGGAGUAUAUAAGCUUCCUCCCGAUGACUUCCUGGGCAGCCCUGAGCUGGAGGUGUUCUGUGACAUGGAGAUGGCAGGUGGUGGCUGGACCAUCAUUCAGAGACGAAAGAGUGGCCUUGUCUCCUUCUACCGGGAUUGGAAGCAGUAUAAGCAGGGCUUUGGCAGCAUCCGCGGGGACUUCUGGCUGGGGAACGAACACAUCCACCGGCUCUCUAGACGGCCAACCCGGCUCCGUGUAGAGAUGGAGGACUGGGAGGGCAACGUGCGCUACGCUGAGUACAGCCACUUUGUGUUGGGCAAUGAACUGAACAGCUACCGCCUCUUUCUGGGGAACUACAGUGGCAAUGUGGGCAAUGACGCCCUCAUCUAUCAUAACAACACAGCCUUCAGCACCAAGGACAAGGACAAUGACAACUGCUUAGACAAGUGCGCGCAGCUCCGCAAAGGCGGAUACUGGUACAACUGCUGCACGGACUCCAACCUCAACGGAGUCUUCUAUCGCCUUGGGGAGCACAACAAGCACCUGGAUGGCAUCACCUGGUAUGGCUGGCAUGGCUCUACCUACUCCCUCAAACGAGUGGAGAUGAAAAUCCGCCCAGAAGACUUCCAGCCCUAAAAGGAGACCUUCUGUGGAGCAGGGCUGGAGAGCUGGAGACAAAUGGAGGCUGGGAGGGUGGAGGACAGGGAGAGGACAGAAAGGGUAUGCCUGGAAAGCGGCCUAGGGUCUCCAGGGAGAGAGUCAGUCUCUGAGGGGCACAAUACAACCACAUGUACCAGGACGUUACAGUAAAUGGGAAGCAUCUGAAUACAAUCGGUUCUGACACGUCCUUCUUGGGGGGCUGGUCUGAAUGGGUUCUCCUGGCUGUGAUCCCUGACAUAGCAGCAGCUUUUUUCCACAUGAUUUUUCUAUGAAAAAAAAAAAUAAUUGUGAGAUGACUUUAUCCAUCUCUAAGGUGAGGGGAGGGCAGAAACAAGUUCCUUUGCUAAAAAGAACCAAAUAUUUUGGUUCUCAAGGAGAGACCCUGGGUGUUAGAUAAAGACAUGAAAGGGGAUCAUGGAAGAGAGGAGUUUCUAUUUUUAAAUCCAAUAAAAUUACCUUCAGUCUACACAUUAAAAAAAAAAGACAAUAAUUGUUCUGCUGGAGGUGAGCUGAUCCAGGUUGGACUUGACUGGCAGGUACUCCAGGGCACUAGGCCUUGCUGCUGGCCUCAGAGAGCUUCUCCUGCUAGGCCUCCAUCAGGGUACAGCACUAAAAGCAGGUAGUGGACUGGUGGUGGCAAGGGAGCUCCAGCGGGAGGUGGGGAUAGGUUCUCUCGUGGACGCUUGCACGACGCUGCCUGAAACUAUUCAGUCUACAGAUAUAUCUAUUUUUAUUUACUUUUAAAGAAAAGAGCUUCCUCUUUUAUCUUGUCUAUAAAAACUGGCUGAAAAAUGAAGGUAGAUGGCACUAUGGUUAAUAACUCAUGCUUUGUAAAAAUAAAAUAGACUGUUUUAAAUA